AUGCCGAGCGGAAAACAACGGCAGGGCGAGGGGGACGACGAUGAGAACACGGGGAAGGAGCGGCAUCGGUCGCACAGGGAGAGGGACAGCGACGGCCAUGGCGGCCCGACCCGUCCCCUCGCAUCGUUAAUGUCGACUGCUCCUCACGUUCCGCAUGGGCAGAGAUCCCAUCAUGGACACGACGCGGGACACGCGGGAAACGCAGGAAGCCCGGGACACGCGGGAAACGCGGGACACGUGGGGCAGAGGACUCAUAGUAACGAAUGGUUGCAGGAAACGCACAAGGGCAAAUACAGCCACGGGAACACCACCAGCAGCGGCAGCGGCGGCGGCGGAAGCGUCAGGGGAGCAGAUACAGUCGAUCAGGCCGCGCUAGACGACCUCUUAUUAGCGCUUCUCCGCGCGUUAGCGCGUUUGCCGGUCGAUCUCGAGGCUCUUAAGAGCUGCGUGGUGGGCAAAUCGGUGAAUCAGCUGCGCAGCCAGCGCAACGCGGAGGUGCAGAGGCGUGCGAAGCGGUUGGUGGAGGUUUGGAAGAAGCGCGUUGACGAGACGCUCGCGGAGAACAUGGGGCGGAAGAGCGCAGUGGGAGGGGGAAGCGCAGGGGGGAGUGCAGGGGGAAGCGCAGGGGGAAGUGCAGGGGGAGGGGGAGCCGCUGCGAACGUAGGUACAGCAGCAAGUGGAGGGACAGCAGCUUCAGGAGCAGAAGCAGGGACAGGGAGGGCAGGAGCGAAAAAAAAGGCACCCGUUAUAGUCACACCUGUGGCCGCAUCACCCCUGCGACCGUCCGCUGUUUCUUCCCCUGCGUCUUCACCAACCCAGCCCACAGCAGGGUCGGGGCAGCUUCGGGCGACCAAACCUAGUGGCUCGGCAGGGGACGGGGGAGACCUCGGCGGGACGCCGGGGGCGGGGAGGGGGCGAGGGGGAGGCGGAGCGGGGGAAGGGGGGCGGCCGCCACCUUCCCCCUUGUCCGUUCCGGGGGGCAGCCCCAAGGGCAGAGGGGAGUCGCAGGUUUCGCCUGGGAGCCUGAAAAGUGGUAACCAGAAGGGUCACGCAGCGGAGGAGGAGAGGGAGAAGGAGAAGGAGAAGGAGGAGGAGAAGGAGAAGGAGAAGGAGAAGGAGAAGGAGAAGGAGGAAGAGGAGGAGGAGGAGGAGGAGGAGGAGGAGGAGGAGGAGGAGGAGGAGGAGGAGGAGGAGGAGGAGGAGGAGGAGGCGGAGGAGGAGGAGGAGGAGGAGAAGGAGAAGGAGAAGAAGGAAAAGGAGAAGGAGAAGGAGAAAGAAAAAGAGGGGAAGCAACCAGGGGCGGGGAGCAAACCAGGGAAAGAGGAGGGUGCUGUGGGCGAUAGUGAGCUGUCGAAAGCAGAAAGAUCAGCCGACAUAGAUGCUGCUGCUGCUGUGUCUGCUGUGGCCUCUGCUGCCCCUGAGUCGUCUGAUGGGCAAGGCAGGCUGCAGGAACGAGCUGGCUCGAGCAAACCGCUGGGAGAGGCUGUUCUGUUGCCAGAGACGGAGAAAGAAGAGAAGGAGAAGCAAAGGGAACGGAGGGAGGGGAAGGAGGGAAAGGAGGGGAAGGAGGGGAAGGAUCUCGAGGAAGGAAAGGAGGAAAGGGAGGUGGAGGCUAGAAUAUCCUCAUCAGGGCAAGCAGAGAGGCCGCGGUUGGUUGAAGAGGGAAAGGCAAAGGAUGGCGAAGGGAUGGAGGGGAAGGACGGGGAGAAAGAGCGCGAGGAGAAGGCGGAGAAAGGGGUUGAUCUCGUGGGGAAAAGAGAGGGAGACGAGGUUGCGAGUGGUGUCAAGGAAACAGAGUCAGGCUUGGGUGAAGCAUUGAAGGGAACGCGAGGCGGGGCGGGAUCAGAAGGUGGUGCAGGGACAGCUGAGAAAGUUGUUAGCCCGCCUGUGGAGGGAGUGGCGGCUGUAGGAGCAGGGAGUGUGGGCGGAGAAGGGAGUGGAAGGGAAGCAGAGAGCCGGCAGCAGCAGGGGGAAGCGAGGAGGCAGGGGGAAGUUGAAGAUGAGGAUAAAGGGGGAGAGAGCAGAAGUGCUCGUGGUGGUGGUGGUGGUAGUGGUGGUGGUUCUGGCGAUGCGGGUGUUGCUGCUGGUGCUGAAUCUGGUGGUGGUGGGGACGCAAGGCAAGAGUCUGGUGAUGUGGGUAGUGGGAGAAGGAGUGGGGGAGGCGAGCCGGAGGUAGCAGGGGAAACGGCAGGAAAAGAAACAGGAGCAGAGAAGCGGGCAGGGGCAGGGGCAGGGGGAGGGGCAGAGAAAGGCGGUGGGGCAGGAGAGCAGGGAUCUGGGACAAGGGAAGGGGGUUCGAAAGGGGAAGGAUUAGGAGUAGGAGUGGGAGUAGGAGGAUUAGGGGGAUUAGGAGGAGGAGGAAACGACUUGAUAGCCUUUUUAGCAGAGGAAGCCGUUGCUGGGCCAUCAGAGAAGGAGGGUGCUGUUGCGGGCGAGACACUGAAGGAAGGUGCAGGGAGAGGGAGGGGAGAUGGGCGGGAAGAGGUAAGUGGCAGGGAAAAGGUUUCUGAUGGUAAGGGGCUGAAGCAGCAGCAGGGAGAGCAGGAGCGUGAGCAGGAGGGGAAAACGGAGCAGCAGCAGCAGCAGGGGGAGCAGGAGGGGAGGGCAGAAGUUGGUGGUGGGGACGAGAGAAGGCUUAUUGUAAGAUUCUCUGUGAACAAACGUGGGAAUGAGGAGAUGGUGGAGGAGGAAAAAAAUGGUGUGACAGAUCUGGGGGGAGCAGCAAGUGGGGCUUCUUCUGAGAGUAAAUCCCUGGAGCGUCAGGGCAGGAGGGAUGCUGAGAACCAAGCGGCAAGUCCUGUUAGUGGCGAGCAGACACAGGGGGAUCGGCUGAGCGAGGGGAAUGCUGCAGAGGUGUCAGGAGGGGCAGGGAAGGGUUGGGGUGGGAGGAGGGAGCAAGAGAGAUUGGGUGCUGAGUGCAAGGAGCGGGAAGCUUCUGGGAAUGGUCCUGUGGAAGGGCGUGGCGAGGCUCCUCUACUACUGCCUUCCCUACAGUUCCUCUUACAAACGUUCUCUUCUCUCUCGCCUCGGCUUUUUCUUCCCGUCCCUCCAGGCAUAGUCACAGGAAGGAGAUCGGCUGUGAUUAUAAAGGGCACUGUCAUCCCCUCGCCACUCUCCCACCGGCCAGUCAAGAAAGUCAAGGCAGUCAAGAUGGCUGCCGUUGCCUCAGGGAGGCGGUCCCCUGUUCCUUGGCUGCCCAUGGGGGGUUCUAGGGGUGCGUCUCCUGCUGUUUCCGAGGGGGACGGGGGUGAGGCAGAAAGGAGGAGUCCCAAGGGGUUGAGUGAGAUUGCGAGUGGGUUGAGAGGUGUGGGUGACGGUGCUACGCCUGCUGCUGCUGCUGCUGCAGAUGUUCCUGCUGCGUCUGGAUCUGCAACUGCAGCAGCUGCUGGUGAUAGUGAUGGUGGCGGUGGUGGUGGUGGUGCUGCUGCUGCUGCUGCUGCUGCUGCUGCUGCUGCUGCCACUCCCGCUGCUGUUCCCGCUGCUGUUCCCGCUGCAGGUCCUGCUGCUGUUCUUGCUACCAAGACUGGUGAUAUGGAUGAGUGUGGGGCAAGCAGAGCUAUUACACCCAGAGAGGAGCUCCAAGGGGUGAGAGAAAAUGUCUCGGAUUCUCGAGGGUUGGCGGGCGGCGGCAACUGCAACAGUGCAGAUGCGGACGAGGAACCGCCGCCCACCGAGACUGCUACAGUGCUGGCGUCGCUGAUGAGCGUGGCGGGUGCUGAGAGGGCUGAACUGGGGGAGGUUCCAUCUGGGGGAGGCGCCAAGGGGGGAACUGGGGGAGGCACUGAGAGGGGCGGUGGUGGGGGCAGAGAAUCAGGGUUUGAGGGAUGUGAGGCCGAAGGGGGAAUGACUGGGAUAUUGAGUGGGCGGGAUGGGGAGUCACGGGUGGUGGAAGAGGGAAGGGCGAUGGGAGAGAGGGGAGAGACUGAAGGGAUGGGAGGUCAGGUAGAGGGCAUGGGAGGGGGAGUGGAAGAUGGACCAAGCGCGGAUCAGCUCGCGAUUGAAUGCCUGCUGAAAGCCGCAGAGGCCAAGGAUGAAGGCGAAGGGGAGUUGCCUGAUGAUGUCAUGGGGAGCAGAGGCAGAUUGGGGCAGGGAGCGGGGGCAGAUGUGAAAGAGUUGGCUGCAGGAAGGGCGGCAGCAGCUGGGGAGGUAGCAGCAGCAGCAAUGGUAGCAGCAGAGGUUGAUGUAGAGGCAGCAGGAGGCAAUGCAGCAGCAAAACCAGGAGCAGGAGCAGGGGCAGCAGAUUCAGAGGAUGAAGAGGAGUUGAGUGUGGCAGCAGUUUUGGCGUCUAGUAAAUGGCAGGGCAAGGGGCGGCAAAACGGCCAACUAAUUUCCAGUUCUGGUCGCUCUGAUACCAUUCCGACGGCCUCCGCUCUCGCCUCUGCUGCUGCAGCCGCGGCUGCUGCCAGUGCUGCACUGCACGCUGCUUCCCUGUCCUCUGCGCUCACCUCGCACCCUUCCCCCCUGUCGUCCCCUCCUCUCUCCCACCGCUCCUCCCUGUCUGCUCCUUCUCUCCCUGCCUCCUUGCAAAGUCCCUGGCGGGCGGCUCUUGCUGCUGAGAUCGCGAGGGAGAAGAGCGAGGGUGCAUGGGUGGCCGGAUCAGAUAUUGCGGUAGGCUCUGGGGCAGGCGCAGUGGCAGGGAGUGCGGAAGGGAGAGAGGCAGAGGGAGCGGGGGUGGCUGGAGAGGGAGAAGGGGAGAAGCAAGUGAGGUUGCCUGUUGCUAAGAGACUGAAGGUGUGUGGUGAUGGGGAUACAGACAGUGUGGGGAGUGGGGGAGUGGGGGGUAAGAGGGGGAAAGGGAGUGAGAAGAAGAGGGAAGAAGGGGAGAGGUCGGUGGAUGGGGGGAGGAAGGAAGGGGGGGAGAAGAAGGAAGAGGGGGGAGAGAAGAAGGAAGGGGGGGAGAAGGUGAAAGUGACAAGGAAGAGGACGGGAGCAGGGGUGUCGAAGGCUGGAGGGGAAGGGGCACGGAAGGCUGGAGGAGUGGGGAAACCACGGGGGGCUGGUGGGACAAAGAGGAAGGCAAGCAGAGCAAAGAAGUCUCCUGAAGAAGCUGUGCUGCAGCAGCAGCAGCAGCAGCAGCAACAACAACAGCAGCAACAGCAAGGGCAGCAGCGGAAGCAGCAGGAGGAAAAGCAAGCUGAGAAGCGGCCUCGCAUUCUGUUUGACUUUGACUUGAAUGUCGCUGAGGACACUGCUGAAGAUGCUACAGUCACCGCAACAGCCGGUCCAGCAGCCGCUACAUCCGGUUCACCAGCCACCUUUCCUCCCACUGCUGCCGCUGCUGCCGCUGCUGCCGCUGCAUCUGGCCCUGUCUCUUCCCACACCCCUGCCACUCCCGCUGCCCCUGCCCCUGCCACUGCCCCUGCACCUGCCCCUGCCCCUGCCCCUGCACCUGCCCCUGCGCCUGCACCUAGAGGUUUUGACCUGAACUUUGCAGAGGAGGCGGAGGAGGAAGAGGCAGAGUCUCCUCCUCGUCCUCCUCAUCCUGCUGCUGUUGCCACUCCCGCCCCCACUUCCCCACCAGCAUCACAGAGUCGUUUUUUGGACUUUGAUUUGAAUGAUGGGCCAGGGUUUGGAGAUGAGCCCUUGCCGCCGUCUCCCUCCCCUCCUCCUCAAGCAAAUAGAGCAGCUGUAGCAGCAGGAGCGGCUGUAGCAGGUGGGGCAGGUGGGGCGGCUGGAGCAGGAGGCCCGUUCCCCUCCUCCUCUGGUCCCCUCCCCAGCGGUGUGCUCUCUGCUCUUAUGGCCGCCUCCUCCGCCUCUGCUGCUGCUGCUUCUCCUGCUUCUGCUGCUGCUGUUGCUGCUGCACCUGCUUCUGCUUCUGCUUCUGCUUCUGCCUCUGCUGCUGCCGCCCAGCCCUCUUCUGCUGCUCCUACGUCUGUGUCUCCCCUUUUAUUCCCUCCCAGCACCAGCUCGCAUCUUUCCACACCAGGAUCAUCCCCCUCUCCCUCCCUCUCUGCAGCUGUAGCAGCCGGUACAGCUGCAGCUGUAGCAACCAGUGCAACUGCAGCAGCAGGGGGGGCGACUCGGGUUGUAGCAGGAGGGGCGAUAGGGACUGUAGCAGGAGGGGCGACAGGGACUGUAGCAGGAGGGGCGGCAGGGACUGUAGCAGGGAGAGCGGGUGGGCUGGCAGGGGUGGCGCUACCAGCCAGCCUAGCAGCAGCGGCUCCUCCCGCGUCCCUCCUGGCCAAACUAGCCCAUGCAGGCGUGCCGCUAUCAGGUGUGCUACAAACGGGGCUCUCCCAGUCCGUCCUCGCCCAAACCAGCGUUCCUGUAACGAGCACCCCGUCAGCAGUAGGAGGAGGGGGACCAGGAGGAGGAGCAGGAGGAGGAGCAGGAGGAGGAGCAGGAGGAGGGGCAGGAGGAGGUGGAAGGAGCAGCCGAGGCGGAAAUAUUCCCCCUCUUACCGGCUCUCCUGCUCCCCUGCUCCCCUUUCGCCCGUCCUCUCGAGGGGCGGGCUUUAACCCAGCUGCAGCUGCAAGCUCAGGAGCAAACGCUGCGAGUGGUGGUCAGAACUUAACGAAUGGAAAGUUUGUGCAGCAGCAACGCCCAGCCCAGCAGCAGCAGCAGCAGCAGCAAGCUCCGCAGCAACAGCAGCAACAGCAGCAACAGCAGCAGCAGCAGCAACAGCAGCAACAGCAGCAGCAACAGCAACAGCAGCAACAGCAGCAACAGCAGCAGGGGAAGUUUGUGCAGCAGCAACGCCCAGCCCAGCAGCAGCAGCAGCAGCAAGCUCCGCAGCAACAGCAGCAGCAGCAGCAACAGCAGCAACAGCAGCAGCAGCAGCAACAGCAGCAGCAGCAACAGCAGCAACAGCAGCAGCAGCAGCAACAGCAGCAGCAGCAACAGCAGCAACAGCAGCAGCAGCAGCAGCAACAGCAGCAGCAGCAACAGCAGCAACAGCAGCAGCAGCAACAGCAGCAACAGCAGCAACAGCAGCAACAGCAGCAACAGCAGCAACAGCAGCAACAGCAGCAACAGCAGCAACAGCAGCAGGGGAAGUUUGCGCAGCAGCCUCAGCAGCAGCAAGCUCCGCAGCUCUCUGCUGCCUUCCCCAUCCCCCGCCGUGGAUCAAACCCUUCCCUCUCCGCCCACCCCUCCGCCCACCCCUCCGCCCACCCCUCCCUGCCAAGAACCCCUCUCUCCCGCCCCGCCUCUGGCCUCGACCUCCAUACCCCCCCUCUCCCCUCCUCUCUCCUGUCCAUUCCCUCUCUUCCGUCUCUCCCCUCUAUCCCCUCUCUUCCCUCGUUUGUUCGGAGAGAGGGGGCGGUGGUGGGGACUCAGGAGGAGGAGGAGGAGGAGGAGGAGGAGGAGGAGGAGGAGGAGGAGGAGGAGGAGGAGGAGGAGGAGGAGGAGGAGGAGGAGGAGGAGGAGGAGGAGGAGGAGGAGGAGGAGGAGGAGGAGGAGGAGGAGGAGGGGGACGGGGAUGGCUAG